UAUGGAAUUAAAUACUAGCGACGAUCUAGACAAAAUAAAAGUCCAAUUGAUGGAUGCUGUAUCUAAUAUUUGCUGCGAUAAUUUAAACUUUAAGAGUGAUUUACAAAUUGAAGGCUUAAUUGGUGUCACAAUAGACCAAAAGAGAAUAUUCCUAGUCAACCUACAAUCUCAAUUCUUACCAAUCAAGAAGCCAGAUAUUGUUCUAAGUGAGGGUGAAACAGAUAUAUAUGGGGAACAAAACGAUACCGUAACGGCUAUUACAUGUUCUACCUCUCCUAGUCGUAAGAAUAAAAGAAAGGCUAGACCGGUCAAAACAGAACAAGUCAAUCAUUUAAUCGAGGGUUUUGAAGAGUCGAAGAAAAGCCGAUUAUCAAGUUCAGACGACCCGAAUUUGGCAACAACAUCGUCUUUUAUCGACGACGAACCUCAUACCUUAACAUCGGAUCCAGUCUAUGGUGAAGCUGCAAUUCCAGUCUCUCAUUUAAAUCCAGAACCUGCCCUAAAUAAUGUUUUUAAUAAUAUUUCUCAAAAAAUUCUCUCAAGUUAUGAAGAAACUGUUGAAACGUCCGAACCCGUGAAACCGGUGAAAAAAAAUAAGAAAAAUAGUCUCUCAGAAGUUCUUCCUCGUAUUAAACAUCCUGUAGCCUCAAAGCCGCAGUCCUUAUAUACUAAUAAACCAACACCAACAAAUCAAAGAUUAAAGAGAAGAAAACCUAGAGGAAUGUACACAACAUAUACUAAAGAGACAAGAGAGGAACUAGGAAGAUAUGCCAUGAUGAAUGGAGUAGCGGAAACAGUUCGACAUUAUAAAGAAAAAUUCGGUUGUCGUAUUGGCGAAUCUACAGUCAGGAGUAUGAGGAAAUUUUACGUUAGCUGCCUCUCACAUUCCUCAGAUAACGAAACAUCUUGUAAAAAAGGACGAACAUCGUGUCUCCAAGAAUUAGAACCAAAGGUUCGACAAUAUGUUAAAGACUUGCUUAGAACUCAGCCUGAUUUGACUUCUCAAGUUGUUAUUGCCGCUGCAAAAAUGAUUUUAGGUCAACACGGUAAAAAGGAUUUACUAAAAGAAAAUGGGGGAAAUUUAGAACUGACAAAAGCCUGGGCUGACUCUUUUUUAAGUUCUGUUCGAAGCCCUCCUGUCGAAGGUAUACACGACGUGGACUGA